AUGUCUGCGGAGGAGACGGACCAGGACAACCCGCAGAGACGAGCGUCAGCCGUGGCUAAAGCUUUUCUCAUGAAGUCCAGCACGAAGACCAACACCAACCUGUAUGACCACUUGACCCAGGUGCUGCUGAAGAUCCUGGAUGAGCGCCCUCUAGAUGCGGUGGACGUGUUUGAGGACAUCAGCAGAGACGUGAAGCGGAUGCAGUACGUGGACAAACAGAGUACUCUGAGGGACCUGAGAGAAGAGAACCCAGCAGAGACACUCGCCCAAUUACAACGAGCUCUAUUCAACCGCCAAGAGGAGCAAGAAGAUGAGCUGGUGGAGCCAGCAUUGCCUAACUUGUCUGAGGUGGGCUUUCACCUGGAGCAGAUCGGGGUGGGCCUUGGCCGUGAGGAGCUGCAGAGAGUGUUUCUGGCUCUGAAGCAGUUGGUGGAGACUCACAGUGUGCCUCGCUGUCGCUUCUGGGGAAAGAUCCUGGGAACAGAGAACAACUAUAUCAUCGUGGAGGCGGAGUACAGAGAGGGAGAGGAGGAGGAAGAGCAGAGUGCGGAGGAGAGAUUUGGAGAGGGAGACCAUGAGGAGAAAGAGGAGACGGAGGAUCUUCAGGAUCUUCUUCCUGAGUCAACCUACAAACCUCCUCCAGUGGUCCCCAUAGAGGCCCCUGGUACAGGCACAAACAAAUAUGUGUACUAUGUGUGCAAAGAGCCAGGCUUUCCAUGGACCCGGCUCCCAGCGGUCACUCCGGCUCAGAUCUGCACAGCACGGCUGAUCAGGAAGUUUUUCACGGGCAGACUGGACGCUCCCGUCAUGAGCUACCCACCUUUCCCCGGCAACGAGGCCAACUACCUCAGGGCCCAGAUUGCUCGCAUCUCAGGGGGGACACAGGUGAGUCCACAGGGUUUCUACCAGUUUAAAGAAGAGGAGGGGAACGAGGAGGACGAGGUGUCUCAGGACAGUUAUGAGGUGAACCCCGACUUCGAGGGACUCUCAGCGGUCAAACUGGCCGAGUCUCUGUCCACAUGGGUGCACCACACACAGCACAUUCUGCAACAGGGUCGUUGUACGUGGGUGAACCUCACAUUGAAAGCAGAGGAGUUGAAUGAGGAGGGAGAGGAAGAGAGAGAGGAGGAGCCAGAGGAAGCAGAGCCAGAGAUGGGCCCUCCACUGCUCACACCACUGUCCCAAGAUGCAGAAUUGUUUAACACAGCUCCGUGGACUCUGAGGAUAUCGUCCAGCCUGACUCCAGAACACGCUGUGGCUUUUGUCCGCUCCAAUCUAUGGCCCGGGGCUUAUGCUUAUGCCACUGGAAAAAAGUUUGAGAACAUCUACAUUGGCUGGGGGCUGAAGUACGCAGGGGAGGGGUACAGCCCACCUGUGCCUCCCCCACCACAGAGGGAGUAUGCGAGCGGGCCUGAGAUCACCGAGGCCUUGGACCCUGUUGUGGAGGAGGAGCAGGCUCUAAAGGAUGCGCUGGAGGAACAGGAAGCCGCCAGAGAAGAGAUGGAGGAGGAAGAGGAAGAGGAUGAGGAUGACUGA